AUGCUGCCCAAUAGAGGACCCCGAACCCGCCGCUCGUACGCUACUGCUGUCGCCGAAGCUCAGAAAGCCUCUGUCCCUGCGAUCGCCACCAGAACGCGAACAAAGACGGACAAUACCACCCCCUCCACCAAGGCGCCCACUACGACCAAGACCCCCAAUGCCCCAAAGGCCAGUUCCACGAUAACCAAGGGUCAAGAGAAGGUCCUUCGUAACAACCCUGGUGCCACUGGCUCUGCUUCCCCUCUUCCUCGAACCUCAAAGGCGGCGAAUAAGAAAAGGCCAAAAGCGAUGAGCAGGAAGUCAGUGGACUCUGCAGACACAGACGACUCGGACCCUGACACUGUCAAGAAGUCGGCCAAGAAGAAGGCCAUCAGAUCCUCAUCCAACAAGGUCCUCUAUGACCUUCUGGCGCGGAAGGAUAGUGAUAUCCAGGAGUUGACCGUCAGGCAACAUAAAGUUAAGCUCUUAACCUGGCAGUUCUACUGCGAUAUACAUUAUGACGGCGACUACACAAUGAAUGCUGAGCGCAUGCUGCCGUACUUUGAGAACCUGGUCUUCCUCCGAACAUCCAAGAAGUUUAUCGUCCCUGAUAUUGGCUACGACGGCGCCAUUGGCCUCAGGCCUGCGGGAUGGAAGCCGCCAAAUCCUAAACAACGACGAACAGCUAAAAAAACCAAGGAUAUUGAAGAGUGGAUACCAGAGUCGUCUUCCAAGGAGCAGGACUUACAGGUGUGGACCCCUGAUGAUGCUGACGCAGCGAUAGCCCGAUCAGAGGAGCUGGAGUAUGAGGAGCACGAGGAUGAGGAUGAGACAGUUGCUGCUGCAGUGGGUGAGGUCGUAGAUGUCGACAUGGAAAUCGUCGUAGGCAAUAUGCAGAUAAGAGACUAG